AUGAGCGCUGUGCCGGCCAAGGUAAGCGGAGGGUCGGGCGGACGCAAAAUUUGGAUUUCAGUCCCCGUAGAUGCUGUAGGUCUCUUCUAGGACACAUUUCAGCAAAAAUUGGUCCUUGUUGCAUAAUGCCAAUUUCGUGUUGAGACCCAAAAUUCCUCCCGACUUUUCGGAUCGACACAAAAUCGAUCCCGUAGAUGCUGUAGAUCUCUUCUAGGACACAUUUUAGCAAAAAUUGGUCCUUGUUGCAUAAUGCCAAUUUCGUGUUGAGACCCAAAAUUCCCUCCAACUUUUCGGAUCGACGCAAAAUCGAUCGAUAUAAGGUCUAGGACAAGCGGAGAGCCAAAAAAAUGUGGUAAGAGGUGCAAUGAGGCCUGUGAAAGCCGCUGAAUGCUUGGCGGACGUUCGGCGAAGGCUUGGCGGAGAUUUGACAAAGACUUACUAACGAUAUAUGACCACCUUCCCUAAUUUUAGCUAUUUCUAACCUUUGUUUUCUCAUGGGUUAUUGUCGCACGGAGGGACCAAAAUUACAAGGGAAGUACCCCAAGUGCGACGCUCAGAUUUUAAUGAAACCUGGCACAAAUUUAGAAUAAUUUUUUCUAAGAUAUAUGCGAGAAUCCUAGUUCGCGCUUUGUAGAAACAACCAAGAUUUUUAGAUCAAAAGUCAGUGAAAAUUUAAGACUUUUUGCCGAAUUUCGGCACGAAAAGUUUCAUGCCCAUUUCUACCGUAAAGUGUAAUGUGUCCACAAAAAAUCAUUUUUUUCCACACGAAACUAGCAAAGUUAUGGCCAAAAAGCGGAUUUCUCUCUUACCGCUCUCCUCAUUUAGUGUACUCUCUCGGGGGCAAAGAUCUUUCAAUAUCUCGAAGGCGCCCGCAAAGCGCGAGCUAAAACUUUCAGGAAUUGAUAUUUAGUUCAUGACCGGCGUGUGUGCAAAAUCUAAAGAAAAUCUGAGCGUCGCACUUGCAGUGCAUCCCUUGUAAGCAAAAAUCGGACCUUGCUGCAUAAUGCCAAUUUCAUGUUGAGAAUCGAAAUUCCAAAUUUACACCUUCUUUAGUUAUAUACAGGGUCUUUCAAGAAAGGAAAGUCGGAGGCUAUAACUUUCGGCGGAGGAGGCGCAGAGAGUUAGUUUUUGGAAUAUGUAUAAUAUUUUUAAUCGAUAUUUUUUUGUCUGUGAAAUAACAAGAUUUUAACGAAGUUUCUUUGAUGAUUUUCAAAGACAUUUCUUUGGUGAUUUUCUACCGAACAAAUCCGAAAUUUCCCGAUCAUUUUGAACCGAAAAACACUGGUUUUUAGGGUGAAAACGAUCUACUUCAAAACGUCGUAGCGACCUCAGUUUGCACUUUAAAAUCUUGUUAUUUCAUAGACAAAAAAUAAUGUCGCUUAAAAAUACAUAUUCCAAAAACGAAGUCUCUGCGCCGCCUCCGCCGAAAGUUAUGGCCUCCGACUUUCAUUUAUUGAAAGACCCUGAAAAUAUUAGGUUACUUGGCAAAAAAAAACUAACAAGGGAAGUACCCCAAGUGCGACGCUCAGAUUUUCUUUAGAUUUUGCACACACGUCGGUCAUUAACUAAAUAUUCCUGAAAGUUUUAGCUCGCGCUUUGCAAGCGUCAUCGCGAUAUUGAAUGAUCUUUGCCGCUGAGAGAGUACACGAAACGUGGAGAGCGGUCAGAGAGAAAAACGCUUAUUGGCCAUAACUUUGGCAGUUUCGUGCGGAAAAAAUUUGAUUUCUUGUAGAAACUUUAUCCUUUACGGUUGAAAUAGCUAUGAAACUUUUCGUGCCGAAAUUCAGCAGAAAGUCCUAAAUUUUGGCCGACUUUCGAUCUAAAAAUCUCGGUUGUUUCUGCAAAGCGCGAGCUAGGAUUCUCGCAUAUAUCUUAGAAAAAAUUGUUCUAAAUUUGUGCCAAGUUUCAUCAAAAUCUGAGCGUCGCACUUGGGGUACUUCCUCUGUAAGCAAGAAAACUAAAUUUUGAUGACUUCAGGUCCGCGACGUUGUCACCGACGUCGUCUCCGAAGUGGUCCCGAACAUUGUUCAGACCAAGGUGAAGGACGUGCUGUCGCCCACAACUUCCAUGAAAUCCGAAUCCUCGGAGUGUGACAAUCCCAAUGAAUAUCGAAAUUUGUUGAUUUCGUUGAGUGGGGACAAGAGCGACCACAUUCUCUGGAUGCAAUGUCUGAUGACCUGUGCUCGUCGUGGAGAGGGAGAGUUCAGUUUUACGCUCGAUAAAUGUGGAGUUCCUAAUUUGAAGGUGAGAGUUUUUGAAAGUUUAUGUGUUUUACUGUAAUAUCUGCCCAAACUGAUGGAUUAUAACUCCGUUUCAGAGCGGCGACUACUACCUGAACUUGUCCUACGACUGUCUGGACGCGAACCUCCUCAAGAAUCAGAACGAUUGUCGCUUCUUUUGGGAGGGGAGUUACGUGGACGGACGGGUCUACGAUCAAAUGGAGAUGAGUAUAAAAACGAUGACAAUUGUCGUCAACAAGUGUGGGAAUAUCCUCAGGAACAUGGGCGCCACUAAAGGAAGCAGUGUCUUACUGUAUAUGCCGUCGGUUGCGCAAUUACCAAUCGCGCUUUUGGGGGCCGCAAGAUUGGGGUGCUUUGUCACUUUUAUUGUGGGUUUUUUGGAGAAGACUAACAAGGAAGUACACGUCGAAAAAAAAUCUUUUAGAAAAUUGAAAAAACAAGGAAUCUCGGAUCAUUGAUUUUUUGCGAGGGGCCACACACGCCAAUCCAGCGCAUUUCCUGAUCCGUUUCGAAACUUCGUAUCGUUUUCAUUGAUUUAAAAGAGAGACCAAAUGUCGCAAAAUUAUCGCCACUUUUUCUCGCCCGAAACAAUUGCUUUUUCUCGAAAAGGAAGAAGAAAGAUAAGAAAAUGGGUUUUAUCGGAUAGUGACAUUUCGUUUUGAACGAAUCACCAAAAAGGGGCGGGAAUUUUUUCCUUCUAUUAUGAAUUGACGUGCCACAGAAUUAUCGAGUUCAAAAAAAUAUUUUUCCCGAAAAAAAGACUUUUUCUCUGGGAAAGUUUUCUUUUAUGACUCGAUAAUUCGGCGACAUUUCGUGAAAAAUCAAUGAUCCCUGAUUCCUUGUUUUUUCACUUCUUUUGACGUGUCUUUUGACCCCAAGUGUGACGCUCAGAUUUUCUUUAAAUUUUGCACACACGUCGGGCAUAGACUAAAUAUCAUUUCCUCAAAGUUUUAGCUCGCGCUUUGCAAGCGCCGCCGAAAUAUCGAACGAGCUUUGCCGCCGAGAGAGUACACUAAACGAGGAGAGCGGUCAGAGAGAAAAACAGUUUUUGGCUAUAACUUUGCUAGUUUCAUACGGAAAAAGUUAAUUUUUUGUGGAAAUUUUACCCUCUAUGGUAGAAAUAGGCAUACAACUUUUCAUGCCGAAACUCGGCAAAAGUCUCAAAUUUUCGCCAACUUUCGAUCUAAAAAUCUCGGUUGUUUCUGCAAAGCGCAAACUAGGAUUCUCGCAUAUAUCCUAGAAAAAAUCAUUCUAAAUUUAUGCCAAGUUUCAUCAAAAUCUGAGCGUCGCAGUUGGGGUACUUUCCCUCUGUGCCUAUUUUCUAGUAGAAUCCACCGUUUUUCUUAUAAUUUUUCAGAACGCAAGUGUCCAUCAUGAUCUUGACACCCUGAAGCAGCUCUUCAAACUAGCCGAGCCUGAGACGAUCGUCACUUUGGACGGAUUCUUCCUCGGCGACACUAUAAAAGAGAGCAAGAAAUUGGUGGACCAAGUGGUGUUUGAGAACAUUUUGAAAGACAAUGGCGAAGAAGUGGAUGAAAAUUAUGUUCGGCCAAAGAUCCUGAUGAUCCAGCAUGUCGGCGCCGACCCCGAAAAGCCCCCACCAACGUUCCAGCUGAAGAAACGCCCGUUCUACGGGCUAAAUGUAAGAUUCUUCAGGUUUUAUGGCGCAAAAUAAGACUUGUUCGUGUUAUAGGUCCCGUUUAACCCCGGUUUUGACUACAAAUGGGACGAAGAAAUGGCGGACGCUGACGAUCGCUGUGAAGUUGAGUGGAUGGACAGUGAGGACCCGAUUUUUCAGACCUUCAGACGAGAGUGGGUAGUAUAAUAUAAAUUUUGGUCCAUAAAAUCAAUUUCAGUGGGAAUGGCGAAUACAUUUUUGAGCCAUAUGCCGUAGGGCAAAUUGCUUUACUGUCUAAGCUGCUGGCGACAAAAAUUGAUCGAAGCGCUGGGCCGAUCUGGCUGUUGGCCGAUUCUGAUGAUCUACUGUAUUUAUCAUGCAUUUUGGCGGCGCCUAUGUCCGACACACCACUUUUGAUGGUAUGUUUGGGAAGUAGAGAGUAUUUUCUCUUAUUUUAAAUUAUUUUCGAUUAAAGUUCUGUUGAAAACUUCAGGAAAAAAUGGAUUUUUUGACAUUAGUCAUCAUAGAUAACAUAAAUCAAAAAAUGAAAACUUCAUUUGCCAUAUUUUACUUUCGAAAAAAUAAAAUUGAGACGUAUACGUACUGUAGUUGACAAAUUUCAAUUUGAAAAAAAAAUUUUAAUUUUCAGUGCGAAGGAUCUCCAGUAAAACCGGAUGCUUCGAGAUUUUUUGAUGUUCUGGACCGUUAUAAUGUCGAGCAAAUUAUAAUCGCUGAGGAAUACACCCGUCUGCUGAUGCGCAACGAAGAAUUCCAACACCUCUGGCAGUCUGAUGAGGAAAAGAAAGCCGAUUCGCAACAUAAUGCUCAUCUGACGGUGAUCUACAGUGCUAGUCGACCAACCUCGGAUUCAGAGGUUUGUGUGGAAUUUUUGCAUCGAUUGGCGCCUGGAGCCGAGAUAAAGCAUAUUAACUGCUGAUUUUUUUAAGUUUUGCUGGUUUACUCAAAUGUUGGAAACGUAUUUUAUCGAUAAAUAAAUAAAUUUUACAUUGUAGUAAUGUAAAAAUUUUUUGUCUACUAUAUGUACUACAACUACUAAAAAGAUUAAAAAAGUUUUUCAGUGCAACGCUUUUUUUGACUUCAAAUUCACAUUUUUCCGCUAUUCAGAGGGCGCAUUCCGCGAUAUUUUCUCGCAGCCUGCUUAGUCGUGGACGCAGCUCGCCAACAAAAAUGAGGAAAAAAUAAUUUUUCUUGCAAUUUCGAGGAAUGUUGGAAGAAAAGCAAGUUGUCUGUUGAUGAAAACAUCUUUUCUGUAUUAAAAAUUGCGUUAUUUUUAGAGCAAACGGACGAGAAUAGGAUUUAAUAUUAAUCUAUGUUGAGCUUGAUGGGUAACCUUGAUUUUUAGGUGUAUUUUGUUCUUUUCUCGUUGGAAUCCUUCUUGAGAAGAUAGGAGAUGAGCUUUCAGAAGUUUGUGAAUUGUGUUCGAUUCGAAUUUUGUUUAUUUUCGUUUUGUUUUAGCCAUCUUAUCUCAUUUUAUCUCUUUUUCAGCUCAAAAUGGAGGCAGUUCAAAAGAAAAUGAAGGCUGCCGUUGAUGGUCUGCUGGAUGAGCUGGACAAACUGUAUCUUCGUGAUAUUCAGCGAAACAUGUUCACAUGCUCUUCAAAAUGCUGUGAAGAUAAGGUUGGGAGCAGGGAGUCAAUCGAGAAAUGUGUGGAAAGGUGUAAUGGUCCUCUUCAUAAAGCUCAAGUUACGUUGGAACAAGAACUGACGGCUUUCCAGGUGAGAUUUUUGGUGUUUUGUUGAAUUUUAGGGAGAAGCUUGGAAAUGUAUGCAGAGUUUUGCGUUUGGGUAUAUAAAAGUGGUGUUGAACAUGAUUUCUAUAGCAUUUUUUAUGCCCAAUAGCCGCGAAGAGGUGCACAAUAGAAAAAGAAAUAAUUUUUAUCCCCUCGUGCAGCAUUUCAAAGCUUUUUUGCCAUGGAAUGCCAUGAAUUAUCACUUUUUUCCGAUUAGACUCCUGAACAAUAUAAUUUCCUCGAAUUUUAGAACCAACUAAGUCGAUGUGCUCAAACAACGUACGAUAAAGCCAUUCAACAGAUCGGACCUGACCCCAACAAAUAUUCGGAGAAGGAAAUGGCCGUCUUUCAGGUAACAAGCUUCCACUUUUAUUAUCUGAUCUUUUUUAGGAGAAACUAGACAAAGGCGUUGGACAGUGCGCGGAGGACCAUCUGAAAUUGAUACCCAACAUUAAGAAAAGACUUAUCAAAGAAUUUACCAGCUAA